CAGGAAGGGGGAAGCUGUGUGAGCUGUGUGUCCUGCAGACAGGAAGGCGACUGCCCCAGAGUCCUGCCUGGCUUCAUGGGGAGCAGUUCCAGAGCAUCGCCCGGGGACCCGGUGACAGUGUUUGGUACAGGACACGAGUUCUGGAGCCAACAGUUCUCCGUGUUGCUGUGGGAGAGAGUAUGGGCUUGUGGCUAGAGCAAGGGAGGCGUGGGUCCGGACCCCUGGGCGCUGGGAGAGGAGUGUGCUGCAGAUUAAGAGGGGACAGGAAGCAGGACUCGUGGACUCUGUUCCUGGCUGUGAGAGGGGAAUGUGAACUAGUGGUUAGAGCAGCGGCAGAGCGCCGAAAACCAGGACCCCUGGGCGUUAUGCCUAUUGCUGGGUGGGGAGCGAGGUCCGAUGGUUAGAGCAGGGCUGGCUCCAUGGUCCAGUGGCAAAGAACAGAAGUGGGUAAACUAAACUCCGUCAGCCCCAGCUCGGCAGUGGGUCAGCUCUGUCCGCCCCCUUUACUCUCCACGACGCUCCUGGGGCGACCGGGAGUUCGGGGCUCUCCUCCUCGCUCUGACCGGCACAUGGUUAAAGCCACAGCCUGGGGAUCCCCAGCGCCGCGGCGCGGUGGGCGGCGCUGGGCGUCUCCCCCCUGCCUGCGCCCCCCGCGCCCCACAGACACCAGCCGAGCAGCCCCCCCGCCUUCCGGCGCUAGCUCGGGGGGACGUGCGCCCCGAAGGUCCGCCCGGGCGACGCUGCAAACUUUCGGAAACUCUGACGGGGGGCUUGUUCCGGUGUCUCGGCAGCUGGCUGCGUGUGUGUGUGUGUGUCCGUGUCCUGUACGGCUUGCUCAGCGAGUGUGCAACCCAGCGCUUCCUGCUUCAGGCUCUUUCCUCUUCACUCGCCGCCGGCCGCUUUGUCCCACGGCGAGCGCCGGGCGGCCCCCCAGGCCCGUGGGAGCCCCUGGCGUGUGGCCUGAUUUUGCAACCGCUUCCUUUCCCAGCUGUUUCUCUCUUCCUUUGUCCUCGGACCAGGGGAACUCGGCCAGAGACUCCAGCUUUAAGCCAAGUAUGUGACGGGGGCUGCCAAGUACCUUGUGGAGGGGAUUGUGGGACAGUGUUGGCUGACGAGUUGCUGACAAGCUAUCUCUGCUUCCCAUGCGGGGCUGGCACCAUGAGGAAGAGAUGGAGGGGAGCGUGGCUCCUGCUGCUGGCACUGAAGACCUUUGGGUUUCAGGAAGGUGACCCAGAGGAACCCACAGGGCUGGAGUGUUACCAGAUGGGCCCCAGAGGGGGCAUGAAUUGCACAUGGCCCAGCAGGACCGGCCCUGAGGCUACCACCACCUACACCCUCCACUACCAGAGCCUGAAGUUCAAACGCAACCAGACGCAGAGUUCCCAGGCCCCCGCCGGACAGAGCUGGGUGGUGAUUGGAAGAAGCAACCUGACACGCAAUGAGAACUAUGCCGUCUGGGUGGAGGCUGGUGACGGGACCCAGAUCACACCAAGGCUAACUCUGACCCUGCACGAGAUAGUGAAGCCGGAUCCCCCUGUACUGAGCCUAGAGGACGUGAACCCUGUGGUCACCGUGAGCUGGACAAACCCCCAGUGGCCUGAGCAUUUCUCCCGGGAUCUGGCCUGCCACCUUCGCUACCGGGUAUCUGGGACCCCCAACUGGACCAGGGUUCAUGAGGGGGAUGUUGAGCCCAACCACUACGAAUUCUCCAGCCUGGAGCCUUUCACGGCCUACGAGGUGCAGGCCCGCUGCAUCCCUGAGGACCGGAAGGGCUUCUGGAGCGACUGGAGCCCGUCCCAGACCUUUCAGACUCCCGAGGCUGCCCCGCUGGGCCUGGUGGACGUGUGGCAAGUGGCCAGCCCUGCUGAGUCCGGAGAGCCCAGCCUGCUGCUGCUGUGGAAGCCGCUCAAUUCCGAAGGAGCCAGGGGAGUCAUUCGCAGCUACAGCCUGGCCUUCCGGACGGGGAGCGACGGAGCCGAGAGCCCCCUGGAGUCCCCCUGCUGCAACGCGAGCCUCCCCUCCAGAACCACCCGCGUCUGGAUCUCGGCAAACAACCACGUCGGGCGGACGCAGCCUGCCAACCUCAGCCUGGAGCGGCAGGAUCUACCUGCCCCGGCGGGGGUCCAGGCUGUGGCCGUGCAUGGGCAGGAUCUCCGUGUUACCUGGGAGCCCAGCAAGGACCCACUGGAAGGGGAGCCCACGGAGUAUCUGGUGGAGUGGGCCAAGGAGUGCAGCAGCUCAAAGGCGGCAUCCCUGGGCUGGGUGCGCAGGGCGGCGGGCGUUCACAGUGCCCUGCUGACAGGUGACUUCAAGCCACGGGUGCCGUAUCAGGUCCGCGUGUACGGGCUGUACCCCGGGGGCUUUGGUGCAUCGGCCCCUGUCCGAGCCUACACCCAGGAAGGAGUGCCGUCGGCAGGGCCCCAGGGCCUGCAGGAUCGUAGCAUCUCCAAGGAGGCGUCUGUCAUCUCCUGGGAGGCGAUCCCCCUGGCGCAGUGCAAUGGGCACAUCACCCACUACACCCUCUACCUCGCCGCGCCCACGGGGAGCCCACAGACCUACCAGCCCAUCGCUGCUACAGAGACAAGCUACAACCUCUCCGGCCUGGAGCCUGGCACCUCCUACCAGCUCUGGAUGACGGGCUCCACCUCGGCUGGGGAAGGAAACGCCAGCUCCAUCCACCUCUUCCACACGCCAGAUUCCCGCUGGGAGGCUGUCCUGGCUUCCCUCCUGGCGGUGGGAUUCCUCCUUUUCCUGGCCUGCGUCCUGGGAGCUGUCCUGCAUGUGCAGCUGCUGGACCUGUGCCACAAGGUGCUGCCCAGCUGGUGCUGGGAGAAGGUCCCGGAUGCCACCCACAGCAGGAUUAUGCUGCAUGAGGUGAACAGGGAUCCCCACAGCUACAGGGGGCCUUUGGUGUGGGACCUGGACACGGAGGAGCCCCCCAUCACCGAGCUUGAUAUCAGGGAACCAGCAGAGCACAUGAACCAGGGCUACUCAACUCUGCCCCAGCUGGAGUCUGCCCUGCCCCACAGCGGGGGGGCUGACGACUGGACCGGGAGCAAGCCCAGGACAGAGGAGCUGGUGCCAAGCAGCCCCACCCUGGAGGAGACGUGGGGAGACAAAGCCCCGGUCAUUUCUGGCUACGAGAAACAUUUCAUGCCCACUCCGGAGGAGGUGCUGGGACUGGCCUGAGGGAUGCGGCUGGGCGAGAACCACCAGCGCCACACAGCACUGCUCCAGGCACUGGGGAGACCCAGUCAGGAGUGCCUGGCUGGAGGGGCCAAAGACUGGGACAUGGGGUCUUUCCCCUGUAGGGGGCGCCGGCUCCAAGCUCAGGUUGGGGCGCUCUUUGGGGCAGGGAAUGGGUCACAGAGAUUUUCCCCUGUUAGUGGUGCAGGCUCUGAUCCAGCCUUAAUUCUGCAGCCACCAAAUUGCCCCUGCCUGGUGGACUGAGUUUGCUGGUAUACUGCGUCCCUCCUAGACACCCUCCCCGACAGGCUGCCUUAGCAGACACGCCAAAGACCGAAUGGCCCAUGGAGACCGAGUUCCUCUCCGGACUCCCAGCCCCCUCUGCUCUAACCACUACGCACGCUACUCCUCUCCUGGAGCUGGGGAUAGAACCCAGGAGUCCUGACUCCCAGCCAGGGGCGGCUCUAGCAAGUUCCCCCCCCACCCCCGAGCAGUCACCGCGGGACACGGACUGCCGCCCCAUUCUAAUUGCCGCCCUGAGCACCAGCUUCGAGAGCUGGUGCCUGGAGCCAGCCCCUGCUCCCAGCCCCCUCCUCCCAGAGCCUGUGACAGACCCAGACUCUGCCCCUCUAAUUGUCAGCAGCCCAUCACCCUGGUAUCAGGGCCCCCGCAGAUUCCCUCCUCCACAGGCCAGCUUUCUCCCCACUCUCGAGCCCUGCUCGAGCUCAGAGCUGCACACCAUGCAGCUGUAUGGCAUUUUUUUUACUUGUACAUGUUUUUUUUAACCUUC